UGGAAAUUGCGGGGCAGAUACGCCUUUCUACAUAGCCUCCGUUCUUCAUCUUCCGUGGCACUCGUACGAAGCUAUCGGCUCGAACUAUCCCAUACCUCGCAUUUACGUCGAGGCUUCAGUCCAGCACAGUUGCAGGAGACCCGUAGUAGUCACAUGAUGUCGAAUCAUGGAUUACUGGAUUCCCCAGCCUGCGGUGUGCCGCAGAUCAGUUGAAAAGGGUCGAUGAAUACAGAAUCCUCACAUCGCGCCUACGCUCCCACAGCUUGCUCCCUGCCCAAAUCAGCCGCCACAUUUUCCAUAACAAAAGUGCGGCGCUUGCCUCAACCUGUUACAAACAGUCCUGCACAGGCCGCAGCGAACGCUCCUAUGGCAUGGAUAGAAAGUAAGGUGGGCGAUGCGCCGCCACCCGUAGACGCCGUUGCUAUUACUGAUUCAAUGACCGUCGGUUUCGUGAACAACAAGCUCCGAGAACCCGAGGUCGUUUCCACCUCAGUGUGCGAAUCCGUCGGCAAUGCAUCGGUAGCUGUGAAAGUUGUUGAUGGAGAUGCGCUUAUCGUGAGACCAAGGCUCGUAAGCCUCACUGGAUCCAAAUCGCUGUACGGUGCCGCCUCGAUGGAAAAAUUGGGUAUGAGCAAGUCCUGGCACCAUGGAGGGUCACCAGGUAUACACUUCUGUGCAGCGAUGCAGCACCAGCCAUUUCCACAGUCAACUGGCGAGAAACCACAGGUUUGUCCUAUUGAGCGUUUCGCAGUAUAGAGAGUCGCAGUUGCAGUACUAACGACGAGAAAGAGCAGAAGCAUUGUGAAAAUAGUUCAAGAUUUGAAAUGCACUCAAGGUGAUGUUGAAAGCUUUCUUGACGAUCUGCUCGCGGACUUUUUAUUCCAGCAGAACGUAGUCACGGCUCACCGGUGCUGAUGAAAUUCGGCGACAGCCUUUACUUCGAGUUGCAG